UCAAUCGAUUAUAAAUAGAGAGAAAGAGUCAUUACAACAAAAGCAGUUUCGUCGAGAAGAUUCAGAUCAUCAGAAGAGAGAAAAUGGGGACAGCUUGGUUCGUUUGGCAAGACUCUAGCUACCAGCUGCUGCUCCUGCAAGACAGAGAAAACAUGGUAAUUAAGCCGGCUGCUUGGUGGGAUAGAGAUGAGGAAACAAAAGACAUAUUAGGUGGAAGAGAUGAGAAAACAGGAGGGACAUGGUUGGGUUGUUCUAAGAAAGGCCGAGUUGCAUUUCUUGUGAAUGUGACGAAUCAAACAUCUUUUACCCAUACAGGAGCCGAGUUGCUUACUGUCAAGUUCUUGAAGGGGAAAAUGACUACAAGUGAGUUUGCAAAUGAACUUGCUAGCAACAAAGAACUGUCGUCUGGCCUUACCUUUAACUUAGUUGUGGCAGACAUAGCUUCAAAAUCGAUGGUUUAUAUCUCUAAAAAGUCUUCAACUAAGGAAGUCGAUGAGAUGAUAGAUCCUAUUGGUCCUGGUCGUUAUUUCAUUACCUCAGCCGGGAUUUAUGAUAUCUUCUCUUCACAGGAUAAACACCCGAAAGGCAAGUUCAGUGAAGUACUUGAUGAAAACAAAGAAUCACCGAGGAGGGAGUUUUAUGAAAAGUUGAUGAAUGAUGAUCAAAUCAUUGUACCUGAAGGUGAAGGUGAAACCGAUACAAGCAGAACUGGUCCAAAGGGGGUGUGCAUUGGAACAACAUCGAUAGAGGUCAAAAGGGGUACUAGCAACAUAGGCUUCAAUGAGUACUACUGGGAGAAUGAUGAAUUCAAAGAGCAUAAGUUCCAUUUCGACAUGGAGUAGUUACAAUGAUCCGCAAUGAGCGAUUUGAUUAGUAGUAUGAUGAUAUAUAAAAUAAUCUUGUUGAAGUUGAUAAAGCUGUUAUAAGAUCGAUUUAGGGAAACUUCUUUCCUUGGUAGAUAUUAUUAUCUAGUCAAGAAGAAUAUGGUUUAAAAAGAAGUUGGAUUUUCUUAGCCUUUCCUUUUUUCUUUUUUUUUUUGAACUUCUUAGUCUUUCCUGUUACUCAAAUUUUACUCAAUAUAAUGCUUAUAAUGUUCAUCUAUAUAAUUCAGUUGAUGCCUGUUUGUAUGGUUAGAAGCAAAAGAAAGUAGAGCAGUCAGGAUUACAUAAGUACAAUUAAAAAAAAAAUUAUGUGCUAUGUACUACAAGUUUUCUAUAACCACUGUGUACUACAUUUUAUUGUCAUUUGUACUGCUUAAAAGACCCAUAUAUACAUAAAACAGACCAGCACCAACAUUAGAGAAAAAAAUCGAAACUGUGACUAUAUGACAACCUCAUCUGCAUCCUUGCGAAGAAGAGGAAUCGGGUGGAUUCAUUGUUGGGAAACCCGUAACUUCCAAAAGCCAAACUUAUCCAUGGGGAUUGAAUUGCUUUUCAUAGACUCAAAGAUAUUAAUCACUGGGUUCUUAUCAAAUAGUGCCGUCGGCGCCAACGCCGGCGGAAGAGAGGGAGACGGAGGAUCAGCAGGUGUCGUUAAAGACUCCGAUUCCGUUCCGUUAUCCAGCUGGGACCAAGACGCUUCCGUUCGAGCAUAUGUCUAAGUCGUUACAACGUCGAUACGUCAAGGUUAAAGAGCCUCUCUUUGAUCCAGUGACAUCCAAGCGUAUUUAUUGGCGGGAAGAGCCUUUUGAUGUCAACGGCAAAGAUGACGAUCACGGCCAUGAUCAUGGAUGUUUGUUCUUCUUGAAGGUAAGCAUUCGAGGAAUGGUCGAUAAAUGGUUUGGUCCUCUUCUUGGAUUACCCAAAACUGAAGAUUUUAAUUACUGAAAUACUUCUUUUUUUUUUACGAUUGAAACACAAACAUGAGUUUCUUUUUGGUUUGGGACUGACAUUGUGAGAAUGCUAUAAUGAGGUUUUUUAUACGAGUCUUUGAUUGUAUUAUCAUAAUUAUCUUGAUAUGUUUUUUCGAAUACGAAGUAUGCACGUCUAAAGAUUGUGGACAACAUAAAGUCUACAAAACAAAAGAUUGUGGACAGCAUUAUUUCUUGUUAACGCUUUCAGUUUUGUGUUCCAACUUCCAAACCCGUAUUAUGACACUAUCAAAUAAACACUGUCAUCUUUAUAUAAAAGCUGGACUGUUAUAUUCAUAGAAAUUAUCAUAGGGACGGGACCAUUCUUGAUUUGGAUUCGUAUAAUAGUUUCUCUAUCUUACAACCAGAGAACUCACCAAAUACAAGAUAUGGCACAUAUGUAUAAUAAGAGUGUUCAAGGAAAUAGAUUAUUACAAAAGAGAAAUACAUGAUUCACCAGUUUGGAAGACAAAAACACAAGGCUUAUAAACAGCGUUUGUGUUACUAGGCUUUCGUACACAAAGCCUUUAUUAUACAAAUGAAAAACAAAAGAAUAAUCCCAAAUCACAAUUCUCCGAGUUUUUUUUUUCACGCAAUCUUGUUUUUUCUUCUCGAGACAUAAUUUAAGUUCCAAACUUCCAAAUAAGAAUGGAG